CCUCACAAGAAGAAGAAGAAAAAAAGAAGACGAAGAAGAAGUUCGGCGUAUUUAAACGUUCAUAUAUAUAUAAAAAAAGCUUUAUUGAAAGUUUUAUUUCAUUGAAACACGUUGCAUAGUGUCAGAGAAUGUGUUUUACGACAGUCACUUUAAGGGGGAUGUUACGACAGUGAAGUGUUUUAUGGCAGCGAAUGGUUAAUGUUGGGACGGGUGUUAAAUGAGCACAUGUUAAAUAAAACGGAGUGCUGAAACAAUAACAUGGAACUCAUCAUUCUAGAAUAAACGGACAAGUUUAUUACAUGGUGUCAGAAGUGGCGGAGCUAUGGCAAAGUUUCAACCACCGGAGAGUUUUUGUUUCGAGAACCCGGCGGAGUGGCCUGAUUGGAAAAAACGUUUUUCCCGUUACAGGACUGCAACUAAACUGGAUAAGGAAGAUGGUCCGGUUCAAGUGAGCACGCUGGUUUAUGCGCUCGGUAAGGAAGCGGAGAACAUACUGAGCUCUUUUACCUACGGAGAGGGUGAAAAUGAAGAUCAGUUUGACGUCGUCAUGGCAAAGUUUGAUGCCUACUUUAUUCCGAGACGCAACGUUAUCCACGAACGGGCUUGUUUCAACCAGAGAGUGCAGCAUGUUGGUGAACGCGCAGAGACAUUUAUCCGAGCACUGUACGAACUAUCAGAGCACUGUGAAUUUGGGGCGAACCGAGAGGAACACAUUAGAGACCGGAUCGUGGUCGGCAUCUCAGACAAAGAGCUGUCACAGAAGCUGCAGCUCAUCCCGAAACUCACUCUGGAUGCGACGGUACAGGAAGUGCGGCAGUCCGAGGAGGUGAAGACACAGGUUAACAAGCAGGGAGAGCGAGUCUGUGCUGUCCAAGAAGUGGCGCAGAAACAUGGCGGCGCGCGGGUUAAAGACUGGAGACAGCGCAAGGACAAGCAGAAAUAUAAAGACCGUGACCGCAGGAAAUGUGGACGGUGCGGCAAAACACCGCAUAGCCAACAUGAUAAGUGUCCCGCAAAACAGUCCACCUGCAACAGAUGUGGAAAAAAGGGUCACUGGGAAAGAGCAUGCAGAAACAGGCUGGUGAGUGAAGUUACAGAGGAUGAUGAACAAAAUAAACAUUAUUACCUGGGCUCAGUUAAUGGUACAUCAGAAAAUGAUGAUGAAUGGACAGUAACACUGGAUAUUCCGUAG